AUGCCAGUCUGUGCGCUCUAUGUGGCCUCCGACUCCAUGGAUGCUUUGCAAGAGGUCAAAGCCCUUGUGCGCUCAUACAACCCAUCACUCGAGGUGCUGGGUCUUCUGGAUUCCGAAACUCAGCGGCGGAGUGCCAUUGGCGUGGAGGUGGCAAACUUCAUGCCCAGUGACGGCACGGCCCUUCAGAUGGCGGCCGAGGUGAUGUUUGACAUCGACCUCUUGAGCCGUGCGCGUGUCGUCGUGCGGGCGCCGGGUCGCGAGGUCACUCGAGUCGCUUGCAGCAUCGGCUCGGCGCGAGGGACGUUGCUGAAAGCCAUUGCAUUGGACUUCCAUUUGUUGGAUCAAGAGCAACGUCUUCACCAGCAGUGGGGUGUGCGUGUGAAUGAUGUGCCCUGGCGGCCGCCAGCUCACAGCGGACGCGAAAAAAGGUGCAUGACAAUGACACGUCGAUCAGCGACCUAG